GUAGGGACCAUGUCCCCCGCCAUUGCGCUGGCCUUCCUGCCACUGGUGGUGACAUUGCUAGUGAGGUACCGGCACCACUUCCGACUGCUGGUACGCACGGUCUUGCUGCGGAGAAUCCGAGACUGCCUGUCAGGGCUGCAGAUUGAGGAGCGGGCCUUCAGCUAUGUGCUCACCCAUGCCCUGCCUGGGGACCCUGGUCACAUCCUCACCACCCUGGACCACUGGAGCAGCCACUGCGAGUACCUAAGCCACAUGGGGCCUGUCAAAGGUCAAAUCCUGACACGGCUGGUGGAGGAGAAAGCCCCUGCUUGUGCACUGGAGCUGGGCACCUACUGUGGGUACUCCACACUGUUAAUUGCCCGUGCCCUGCCCCCUGGGGGCCACCUUCUCACCGUGGAGCGGAACCCACGCACGGCAGCAGUGGCUGAAAAACUCAUCCGCCUGGCUGGCUUCAACGACCACACGGUGGAGCUCAUUGUCGGUAGCUCAGAGGAGGUGAUUCCGCGCCUGCGAACCCAGUACCAGCUGAGUCGGGCAGACUUGGUGCUCCUGGCACACCGGCCACGAUGUUACUUGCGGGACCUGCAGCUGCUGGAGGCCCAUGCCCUGCUGCCAGCUGGUGCCACUGUGUUGGCUGACCACGUGCUCUUCCCCGGUGCACCCCGCUUCCUGCAGUAUACCAAGAGCUGUGGCCGCUAUCGCUGCCGCCUCCACCACACUGGCCUCCCAGGCUUCCCUGCCAUCAAGGAUGGCAUAGCCCAGCUCACCUACUCGGGGCCUGGCUGAGGUCCAGGCCCAGGGAAACUUACUGCUGCCUCCCCCUCCACUCCCACCCAAGCAAGGACAUCAGAACAUCCUCCUCCCAACCCCUCCCUGCUGGUGGAAUGAUAUAUGCGGGCUCAGGUCUAGGGAGGCUCUCCUCCCACCUCUGCCCA